CGCUAUCCUGUACUUCCACGGCCACUCGCUGACCAAGGACAAUUGGCACGAGACCCUGAGCCUGUUGGACAACGUCUGCCUGGUCUUCUUCACCGUGGAGUUCCUGGCCGCCCUGGUCACCUGUCCCAAUAAGCGCACCUUUUUCCGCUCCACCCUGGUCAUUCUGGACAUCCUGGCCCUGAUGCCCGAUCUGCUGGACAGAUGCAUCAAACUGGACGCGUCCUUCUACGCCGAGAUCAUAUCCAACGAGUCCAGCGAGUUCCUGAACGUACUCGGUCUCCUCCAACUAAUGCGGCUGUGUCGCGUGUUCCGCGUGCUCCGUCGCAUCCCGGGCAUGUGGAUCAUGCUGUACACACUCCACGCCAGCAUGAAGGAGCUGGUCCUCAUCAUGGCCAUCCUCUGCGUGUCCACGCUCUUCUUCGCCUCCUGCAUGUACUACCUGGACGGCUCGGGACAGUUCUCUAGCGUGCCCGUGAGCUGCUGGUGGGGCAUCACCACGCUCACCACCCUGGGCUACGGCGACAUGGUUCCCAGCACGCUGAGCGCGCGUGUGGUGGGCAUGGCCUGCUCCAUAGCCGGGGCUCUCAUGCUCAGCCUCACCAUCCCGACGCUCAUCAACAACUUCCUGAGCAUGUACCACAACAUCAAGUACAUGGUCUUCAAGGAGGAGGUCUUCCUCAAGCUUCACAGAAACACGGAGUUGAACGAGACAGGAUUCAAAGUCUACUAG